GGGAUGUGUUCAUAGAUGGUUCUGGUAGAGAUUGUGACAGGGUGUUUCUAUAGGCAUGCCAACCUGGUUCUCUUGGGGUUGGGGUUGAAACGAACUUCUCCCUCAAGGCAGCUGCGAAAAAACCUUGGCCGUUUCUUGUGGCGAUCAUAAAGAUGCUGAACUGCUGCUACUACUGCUCGUUCUGUCAGUCGUGACUACUGUUCUGUCAGAAACAAAAUAUUGCUGUGCUCUCGUCGGGGAAUGAACUUUCGCGGCUCAGGCACACAAUUGGAGACGAUGUCUGAAGAACCAAUCGACUCGACCCAGAGCACCACUAAUCGCAACGACUCGACUCAGGAAUCCCCAAAGAAGGAGACUACACCGGACUCUCCGGUCAAGAACGAAAAGCGUGCCCGGAAAACCCUGCUGAAGAAAGGAAACGCUGCAGAGAAGAUGGCCAAUGCGCAAAGCCCUGCUCAGAAAGAAGCGGCCAAGGAGUCCCAAAUGCACGAGACAUUUCACGACGCUAGCACCGGAUCUCCAAGUGAUGCUCAGAAAGACGAGGCCCUUGCAAAAGAGACUGGACAACAGACUGAUCACACGGCGGUCCGUAGAAGCACCGAUCUGUCUGGUGUUGAGAACGAAAAGUCCGAGACAAAGGAGCCGGCCAAGCAGGACUUGUUCCCUGGCGAUGAACUGAUUCCCGACGCUGUGAUGGUCUAUGACCAGAAGCGCACGAUCCGCGCACCCGCUCGAGACAUUUUUCCGUGGUUAUUGCAAUUGGGCAGGAACCGCGGUGGCUGGUAUCUGCCAAACAGACUGGAAGGUAUUCUGCCAGCUACUUGGAGGCCUUCGAGGACGAUCGAGCCCAAGUGGCAGAAGCUUACACCAGGGGAGCGGAUUGCAGACUAUGGCUUCACUCGAAAUGACUAUUUCGUCGUGGAUAGAGUGAUUGAGCCUCACACGAUUGUGCUCCGAUCUAAGCGACACGGUUCUCAGUUCACCUGGGCGUUCCUUCUACGUGAACUCCACGAGAGUGAUGAAGCCGCAGAGCCUGCUACAGUCGUUCACCUCAGGUUUCGGGGCGAGCUUACGGCGGAAGGUAUCAGGCGUAAAAUCCUCGUCAAAAGCGGCGAACUCUUGGACAAAGCGAGCGCGGCCCCGAUGCUCGCUGGUUUGGCCGAGCGUUGCGAGCAGCCUGGCCAACUCGAAGCAGGUGACUCGGAGGAGAAGGAGAAGCCACCUCGACGAUCUUUCGCAGGCUUGAGCUCACGGUCGAAGCCCGUUCGUCAGGACUCCUCUGAGUCUCCCAAAGAGGAGAGCAAAUCGAAACGACGAUCUUUCGCUGGCCUGAGCCCAUUCAAUCGAAGCACUCCCAAAGGAGAGGCUGCAGCUACCAAAGGCGAGACUGCACCUGCCAAAGAGACAGAGGUGCCCAAAGAGCAGACUGAGCCGGCGCGCGAGACGGUGGCACAAGCAUGAAGCCGCAUUCGAGACGCCAUGGACAAGCCACUGGCGACUCCUUAGCUUGUGGCUGGCUCGUCGUAUGGACCAAAUGCGGCAAUCUCCACGCCUUCCAUGACAUAGAAGGAGAGUGUGUCUAACAGUGCGGCCCAGUAGCCUGGGCUUUCCUCCUUGUUUUGUUCUUCUCCGCCUGCUGCUUUCUGAGCUAUACCCAUCUUCGCAACUUCUUGCACACUUCUAACGGCGUUGGAGUUCUUGAGUUCAAGUGUGAUCAGGCUGCCGCGGUUGCUUGCAUAGCUAAUUGUGCGUUUGUCCGCAGAGAGGAACAUGGGUCGGGCACAUGGUGUUGUUGCGGUGGUGGAACGCAAUGUUUCGAGUAACAUGGGAAAGAUCGGUGUAUCGUCCGUAGAUCUGGCAAAUGAUGUUUCAGUCACGUCUCAGCUUGGAUGCGAGUCUGUCGAGUGUAUCGGAGGUGAUGUUGAUUUUGGUCUGGCGCUGUUUCUCUCGAAUGGGAAGCGCCUGACCUGGGAGGAAGCCAGGGGCGAGGAGAUCAACGUGCUGCACAAGCUUCGCCGCAGCACCAAGUCGCGCCGCUUGCGCGAUCAAUUAUGGCUUCAAAAAUCCCAGAUCCAGACGAUUGUCGCACGGCACCUAGGACUUCGUAGCAGCUCACAGUGUAACAUAUUCAGCCCGAACACAUGGAACCGCGGUCAGUUUAACAUCUGUGUAAACGUACAAGUCAUAGAUAACUAUUACCAAACUUCUCGAAUAGUUUUUCGCUGCCCAAUGCCUCACAAAUUUGGCGUUCAAGAAGCGCCAGACACUGUGGCCAACUAUGGAUGGGUAGAGACGAACUGCCCAGACGUGCCCAUCCCCCGGCUGAUCGGGUUUGGACUUUCCAACGGCGAACAGUAUACACAUAUCAGACACCUCCCAUGGUAUCGCCGCCUAGGCAUUCAGAUAUGCCGCCUUGCACACUCGAUAUUAUUCCGCAAGCAGGACUUCAGCCAGUAUGCGCCGUUGCGCUCUAGCACCAAUCAGCUUGGCUUGGGUUAUAUGCUCAUCGACUUCAUUGACAAAGACACCGCCCGGAUCCCGCAGUCCCGUAUUGCCUCACUUCGGUUCAACGAGGACGGCUCGAUAUCUCUCGCGAGCCGCCCUCUGUUCUGUGCUAAUACGAUAUCAGAGGCGGAGGGGGCGCCGAAGAUGGAGGAGCGUAUGUAUAACUCUACUGGUCAGCUUCUACGAGCUCUAUAUGAUUUUCGGACCGGCGCUUUCAGAUCUCAGCCCAAUGCCGUAUAUGAUGAGGACGACUGUCGGCUACAAAUUAUUCUCCCUAGCGUUGUCGAUUUGCAGUAUUCAGGGCCUUUUAUCUUGCAGUUCACCGAUCUUCACGCUAGCAACAUAUUCGUCGAUGCCGACUGGAACAUCACGGGCAUUAUCGACCUCGACUUCAUCUGCUCGUUGCCUCCCGACAUGCUGUGUAUGCCUUCCUGGCUAUGCGUCGACGACCUGGAUGACAUUUCACGCAAUCGGGACGAGUUUGCUGCCUCCUACGACUCUUUUAUUUCUGUCAACGCUAUGGCAAUUAUGGUCUCUGAUCAUAUCUUCCCCAUCUUCUGCUUUGAGAGCACACUCGACGAGGAGGAGGCGUUCUUUCGGAGCUUGUCGCAUUUCUGGUGCCGGAAUUCCGAGCAAUUUGUCCAACGCAAAAUGAAAGAAAAGGUCCAAUAUGAUCUUGAUUUACAAAAUCACUUCGAUACUGCCAAAUUGACGGGAUAG